AAAAAGUAUAAAGAAAAGGAUUUAGGGACUAUUUACUGCACGAGAUGUUUAAAGAAAUCUAAACAUAAGACACAAUCAGAUGAUUCAGAUACAAAAUCUAUUGAUGAUGAAAUAGAGAAUGGUAGACAACAAACGGAUGAAAUUGAAGAAAUAUCAGCACAAUCAGAUACAAAUAGGGUAUCACUUCAAAAUCUCAAAGUAACCGAUGGUAUUAUGAAUAAUACUGAAGAGUCAAUCAAUGAUUAUGAAGACGGUGAAAAACAA